CUUCAAAAGAUUUCAGGAAACCACUAUAUAUUUCUACAUACAUUUUCCAAGAGGAUUUACUGAGGAUCUGUAGAGGUGUGUUGAGCUCUGUUCAUAUCUGCUGAGGUUUACUGAGGAUCUGUAGAGGUGUGUUGAGCUCUGUUCAUAUCUGCUGAGGUUUACUGAGGAUCUGUAGAGGUGUGUUGAGCUCUGUUCAUAUCUGCUGAGGUUUACUGAGGAUCUGUAGAGGUGUGUUGAGCUCUGUUCAUAUCUGCUGAGGUUUACUGAGGAUCUGUAGAGGUGUGUUGAGCUCUGUUCAUAUCUGCUGAGGUUUACUGAGGAUCUGUAGAGGUGUGUUGAGCUCUGUUCAUAUCUGCUGAGGUUUACUGAGGAUCUGUAGAGGUGUGUUGAGCUCUGUUCAUAUCUGCUGAGGUUUACUGAGGAUCUGUAGAGGUGUGUUGAGCUCUGUUCAUAUCUGCUGAGGUUUACUGAGGAUCUGUAGAGGUGUGUUGAGCUCUGUUCAUAUCUGCUGAGGUUUACUGAGGAUCUGUAGAGGUGUGUUGAGCUCUGUUCAUAUCUGCUGAGGUUUACUGAGGAUAUGUAGAGGUGUGUUGAGCUCUGUUCAUAUCUGCUGAGGUUUAGAUUAGAUUAGAUUAGAUUCAACUUUAUUGUCAUUGUGCAGGGUACAUGUACAGAGCCAAUGAAAUGCAGUUAUCAUCUAACCAGAUGUGCAGUAAUAGCUUAUUUACGAGUGGCAGUGUAAUAAAUAAGGGUAUGAGGUUAUACAGAAGGUGUAGUAAUAUGUACAUAUACUGAUGUAUGUAGAGGUGUGUUGAAGUCUUUCGAUGUUUGCUGUAGACUGUAAAGGUUUGCUUAAGGUAGGGACACAGCAAACCGACACCAAAGAACUAGUUCUGAUUAAAGUUGACUGUGGCAUCGCAUCUCCUGCGUCGGGGCAAAAAUAUUUCUAGUAGAAUCCACAGGGAAGAACAGAACUCUCCCAUACCAGCAGGGGGCAGAAUUCUGUAUUCUGUAGUAUUCUGUAUAUAGAUAUAUAGAGAUAUAUAGUAAGCAGCGUUUCCACCUGCCACUAUCAUUUCUAACGGCUUUCUGUAGCUUUCCAGUCAUGUCUGCUAAGUUACAGGUGGCACUGGCACUGUCAGCCCUUGGCCUUUUUCUUGUGGAUGAAAAGAAGAAGAAGCGGGUAAGGAGAAACCGCACUAAAUGGGUGAAAUCGUGGAUCUUGCAGCGACAGACACAUGGGGCUUUUCCGAACCUGUGUGAGGAUCCAGAGACACCGAAAACCUCUGAUUUUAAACAUUUCACUCUGGUUUUUCCAGUUCAGUUCCACAUGUUGAAGGAACUUCUCACUCCACUCAUCCAGAGGCAAAAUACAAACUACAGAGAUUCCAUCUCAGUGGAGGAACGUUUGGUGAUCACUCUACACUUCUUGGCUACAGGUGAAAGCGUGAGGAAUCUUUCUCACCACUUCAGAGUUGGUGUUUCAACAAUUCGGCAAUUUAUUCCUGAAACUUGUGCUGCGAUCUACAAGGUUUUAAAAGAGAAAUACUUCAAGUGGCCAGACACAGUGGAAGAGUGGAAGAAAAUUGCUGAUGGAUUCCAGGCUCAGUGGAACUUUCAAAACUGCCUGGGGGCUCUGGCUGGGAAACAGAUCAACAUUUGCCCCCCUUUUUUCACAGUUCUGAUGGCACUGGUCGACAGCAACUACAGAUUCCUCUAUGUAGAUGUUGGUUGCAAUAGUCGGAUAUCAGAUGGUGGAGUGUUUGGUAGAUGCUUACUGCAGGAUGCCCUGGAGAACAGAACAUCCAAUAUCCCUGCCCCUUCACCACUUCCUGGUUCUGAUCAGCUGGCUCCCUACUGCAUUGUGGCAGAUGAGGCGUUUCCUUUAAAGAAUCACUUCAUGAAGCCAUAUCCAAAACACAGGCUGAGUGUGGAGCAACGCAUCUUUAAUUACAGAUUGUCACAAGCUCAGAGGGCGGUAAAAAAUGCUUUUGGUAUUUUAGCCAACCGUUUUCGAGUCUUUCUAACCACAAUUAAUAUACACGACAGAGCCAAGGUGGAGGACAUUGUUUUGGCUUGUUGUGCAGGCUUGUUGUGCAGACUGAAUGCUUUGAGCUGUACAUGAUGGGAAUUUAUCAGGAGGGACCGGAUCAUGACAUUGUGCCAGAAAGAUGGCGACAAGACCCUGACCUCCAGCAGGCCUCUCUGCCACAAACAUCCAAUUCAACAACAAGUUGCGAACAGCACAGGGACCGAUUAUGCCGUUUUUUAAAUUCUGAAAUUGGUGCUGUGCCUUUUCAGUGGUGCAAAAUAUCAGAGAUGAAAAGUUGAAAACAUUUUGGUUUUAAUUGCAGGAUGUUGGCUGCUGAAGUCCCAAAAUAUAGUUUUGCAUGUUGCAUUUCA